CACCACCUCACCAGAAACAUGCAUAGAAACAUAAGCAAAGUAGAAAAUUGCUUCCUGCCUUGGUUGUCUGAUUCUCCCCUGAAACUGAAAAUACUUACGAAAAAGAUGUUGGUAACAACAUCUCUCCAAACAUACCUAAAACCCCCCUUUAAAACCUUGACUUCAUUCCCUUCCCAAAAUCCAACCUUGUUCCUUCUUAAACCUCUUACUGUUUCUCCCAAAACCUCAAAUUUUGCUAAACCGAUAAUCUCUCCACAAGUCAAAGCUAAAGCUCAGGUUCUCUCAGAUGAACUGCCUCUGGAUGAUUCCCCUUCUGAAUCUUCUUCUUAUAAAGAGAAGCUUGGAGUGGUGGUGAAGCCAUUGGAAAAGCCAAGGGUAGUGUUGAAGUUUAUAUGGAUGGAAAAAGACAUAGGGAUAGCACUUGACCAAGUGAUACCAGGGCAUGGUACAAUCCCUUUGAGUCCAUACUAUUUUUGGCCCAGGAAAGAUGCUUGGGAAGAGCUCAAGGUUUUGCUUGAAAACAAGCCCUGGAUAUCUCACAUGCAAAGGAUACACCUUCUCAAUCAAGCUACUGAUAUUAUCAAUUUGUGGCAGACAAGUGGUGGUUCAUUCCUCCAGGCAAACCAAUGAGUAUUAUCUUUGAGCUCAGAAUCAUCAUCUAAGCUAGCUCAUCUUUCAUCCUACUUUUUAUUGACAUUUGCCUGCAACCAUCAAAUAUUUGUACGUGGAUACUAUUCUCAUUUGAUCUAAUAGAGAUGAUCAAAUUCCCUACCUCAACAACCACUGGACAAAGUCUGUCUUCCUCCAAUUGCAAAGUCAGAACGUUCUCAAUGUUCGUCUCUCUGGCACCUUGAAUUUGCUAUCCAAAUUCAAAGCUUGGUUGUUUUUUUUUGAGGGAUUGUUCCUAUAUAUGUAUUGUCUGGGAAGCAAUUGAAUCAUGUAUUUCUGAUAAGUUAUUUCAAAUGUGCUGGGAGUGACACAUAUUGACCAGUAAAU